GGUCCCAACGAUGCCCCGCCACCCCUCCCGCCCCCGCCCUGCCCAGGCAAGAAAAAUGAGCCCGGGAAACGCCUCGCGUCCGGGGCCGGUGAGACCUUUACCACGUCGUGCGUCAACAGUCGCCAGGCCAGAUACUCCUCUGAGGUCAUGAUCUCGUCGACCAAUCCCAGGGCCUUGGCCUCCCGCCCUUGCCAGACCUCGCCCGUGCCCACCGCCUCCACGUCCACCAUCUUCCGCCACCGGCCAAUGUGGGCUUUGAAGGCCUCGUGGACCUUCGCCAGGUCCUCCCGGAGCUUGCCCAGUG